CCAGCACCAAUGGCUGCUCUAGGAAGCAUCGUCAGCCCCGUGCCGUUCAAGGACGUCGUCCACGAAGAGGAGGAUGAACACCGGCCGGAAGAGUACGCGAACAUCAUCUCCACCUUGCCGAGCAUCACCACCAGUUUUGGGCCGUUGGUCCUCUACGAGGGUGUCUGGCUCCGCCCGUGGAUCGUCCCUGGGGUGAUCGCCGUCCAGCAGCGUUUCGCCCCGCGCCCCGACGACGUGCUCCUGGCGAACCCGCCCAAGUGCGGCACCACCUGGCUCAAGGCUCUGUCCUUGGCCACCAUGGCACGGGCCACCUACCCACCGUCGGGCGCCGAUCACCCACUCCUCCGCCUCAACCCGCACGACUGCAUCCCCCACCUUGAGGCCCUCUUCAGUGCCGGCCAGGAAGCCAAGCUGGAGGCGCUGCCGUUACAUAGGCUGAUGCACACGCACAUGCACCACUCCCUGCUGCCACCCUCCUUGGCCCGCUGCAAAAUCAUUUACAUCUGCAGGUACGAUAUGUUGGUUUCCAUGUGGCACUUCAUCAUGGCUGCAGGAGGCGCCGCCUUCCCCUUCUCCGACCUGUUCGAGUCUGCGUGCGACGGUAAAAACCCCCACAGCCCCAUUUGGGACCACAUUCUCGGCUACUGGCGCGCCAGCAAAGCAAGUCCGGAGAGGGUCCUCUUCCUAAGGUACGAGGAGAUGCUGCUCGACCCGGUCAGCAGUGUCCGGGAGCUCGCCUUGUUCCUCGGUGUGCCCUUCACGGCGGCGGAGGAGGCAGCGGGCUCGCCCAUGGACAUCUGCAGGCUGUGCAGCAUCAACACGAUGAAAGACCUGGACGCCAACAACACUGGAGUGUUUGGGCAGUUCCUCAAGUUCCCCAAUCGAUCCUUCUUCAGGGAAGGGGUCGUGGGGGACUGGGCCAACCAUAUGACGCCCGAGAUGGCCCGCCGCAUCGACGCCGUCGUCGAGGACAAGCUCGGAGGAUCGGGACUCAGCUUCACGUGCUGACCAA